ACGAGGACAAGUGUGAAUGACAAUGGGGUUGCUACGGAUCUCUGUUAGAGCCGUCCGCUCUCGUGCUUAUUCGUCAAUACAGAGGCGACGUGUAUCGACGGUAUAUAGAGACGCUGAAUCUCUUGUUUCUAUUGUGAGAGAGAAAGUCGGAGAAGAACAUGAUGCUCACGUUUUUGUUGGUUUGGGACAGUAUUACGGCCACCGAGAUCAGAGUCGCAUGAUUUUAUUGCGUUUGGGUGAUAACUGGACCCCUUAUCGAAACGCGCCGCCGAGAGAACUCGCAGAUAUCGCAACAGAUCAGUUGGACAUCCGGGAAUUAGUAGACGUAUUACGUCAUCGUGAUAUUUGUCGGUCUGUAUUGGUUGGAGAGUUAGACUGUGUUGGAGAAUCAGAUUGGAAAUUUGGGUUUAUUACAGGAUCAGAGUUUUCCAUAUUUUCACGUCAAGGAUUCGUUUUGCAGCCAAAAUCAUUCUUCACUGGGUCGGCGUUUCUUCUUCAUUCUAAUAAUCAAAUUGUGAGGUUCUGUCCUGGUAAUGUGACGUCUGUGAGGGUGGAGAUUUCUGAAGAACCGUGGGAAGACAGAAAGCUUUCAGUGGAGCUGAUAAAUGGGGAGCAUCUAACCGUGUUAGAAUCGAGUAAUGAACACACUUUGGACACGUCUGAUGCUGACCUGCCACUUGCGAGAUUGAUGAUGAGUACUGAAUGGCUAGUUAAAGCAGCUGCCCAGAUUUGCUUGGCUUCAUCACAUCUUGAUCAAACAUCGAAGAGACCAAACCUGCUGUUACCUCAAAUCUUACGUGAAGAAGGCAACAUGUGGGUACAGAUGAGGAACGAGGCAUGGGCUCGAGGGGCUGCAUCACAAGUGCCACUGGAAGAGUAAACGAUUGAAGGAUUGAACCUUGUGAUUUGUAGGGUAUUUCUAUGUAGAUACGGGCAAAUUCGUAGAAUAUGUAAAUCUUCAGAAUUCAUAUGAAUGUUGAUGCUUAUUAUAUAGGCAGGGAAUCAGGGAGAAUUUAGUUAAUUAUUGUUAACAAAUUACGUACAGUCAAAGUGAAUAGUGGCAUUUGAGUUCAAGUAUAGA